AUGAGGAUCCUAUCGUGGAACUGCCGCGGGCUUGGGAACCUGGCGGCAGUGCGGGCCCUACGUGGGCUCAUCCACUCUGAAGCUCCUGAUGUUGUGUUUCUCAUGGAAACAAAACAGUAUUCGGCGGAAAUGUUAAAACAUCGUGGUAUGGGGGUCUUGGUAAUAUUUUCCCGGUCCAAUGUGCGGGCCGUGGAAGAUCGAGAGCUGGUGGUGAAUGCUAUUUAUGGUUAUCCCGAGGCCCAGAAUAAAUGGAGGACAUGGCAGAUGGUUAGACGAGACAAACCUGUGGAUGUAAUCCCAUGGCUUUGCAUUGGUGACUUUAAUAAUAUACUUUCCCCAUCUGACAAGCUUGGGGGUGACCCACCUGACUUUAAUCAGAUCCAGGUGGCGAACCGAGCUUGUGUAGAUUGUGGGCUUAACAUGGUGGAUUCUUCAGGAAAUACUUUUACUUGGGUAAACAACCGAACUGAUCACACGAGGGUUGAGGAGAGGCUGGAUUAUGCCUUGAUUAACACUGCUUGGGCGGAGUUAUGGCCAGUCACACGAGUUGCUCACUUGAUUCGACAUCAGUCGGACCAUAGCCCAAUUAUUCUACACAGUGGUGUGCGCAGAGCAGAGGAAUGUGCUGAAAUAGUGGCAGAGGGAUGGAGCAGGCGGCACAAUACAGUGAUUGACAGAAUUGAGAAUGUGGGGAGAACCCUAAACUCGUGGGGUAAGGAAAAAUAUGGUGAGCUACCAAAGAGGAUUGCAGACACCAGAGGCCUCCUCAAAAGGCUCCAAGAAGGUGUGCAAAUGAACCAGGUGCUGACUGAGACGAGAGUGGUGGAAAAAAAUCUAGAUGACCUGUUGAAACAAGAAGAAAUUGUAUGGGGUCAGCGCUCACGUGCUAACUGGUUGAAACAUGGGGAUAGAAAUACCAGAUUUUUCCAUACAAAGGCCACUGAGAGGCGUAAACGAAAUUUGAUAGAGGAGAUACAGGAUGAUAAUGGGAGGAAAUCUGUGCAGAAUGAUGACAUUGCCCGAGUGUUACGAGCAUACUUUGAGGGGAUCUUCACAUCAUCUAACCCUUCAGGCAUUGAGGAGGUUGCUUCCUUAGUUGACGGCAGAGUGACUGAUGCCCACAGGAGGAUACUUACUGUGGCUUUCUCGCGCGAGGAAAUUGAAGAAGCACUCUUCCAAAUGCAUCCUACGAAGGCACCGGGAUUGGACGGCUUUCCGGCUCUGUUCUUUCAGAAGUUCUGGAAUAUUGUUGGUGAUGAUGUCUCUAAUUUCUGCUUGCAGGUUCUCAAUGGUGAGCUAUCCCCAGGUAUUGUCAACCAAACUUUACUUGUCUUGAUCCCAAAGGUUAAGAAAGCGGUGUGCGCUAACCAGUAUAGGCCGAUUAGCCUUUGUAAUGUCAUUUUUAAAUUGAUUACCAAAACAAUUGCUAAUCGUCUAAAACUUAUUUUGAAUGAUCUAAUUUGUGAAGCUCAAAGCACUUUUGUUCCAGGUCGUUUAAUCACGGACAAUGCUUUAAUCGCCUUCGAAUGCUUCCAUUACAUGAAGAAGAAAGUCACAGGAAGGAAUGGGAUGAUGGCCCUAAAGCUUGAUAUGUCGAAGGCUUAUGAUAGAGUGGAGUGGCCUUUUUUGAGAGGUAUUCUCACCCAUAUGGGUUUUCCUACACAAUGGGUUGAGCUUAUAAUGUCUUGUGUUACCACAGUUAAUUUUUCAAUUACGGUUAAUGGUAACCCGCAACCGACUUUCGCACCUCAUCGAGGUUUGCGACAAGGAGAUCCUCUUUCUCCUUACUUAUUUAUUUUAUGUGGAGAAGCUUUUUCAGCUUUAAUUCAGCGUGCUAUAGUUAAUUCUACUUUACAUGGCGUGAAGAUUGCCCGAUCUGCGCCUGUUAUCUCACAUCUCUUGUUUGCAGAUGACAGUAUUCUUUUUGCCCGAGCGUCGGUUCAGGAAGCAGAAUGUGUGAAAACCAUUCUGGCAACCUAUGAACGCGCUUCUGGGCAGGUAAUAAAUUUGGACAAGUCCAUGCUUUCUGUUAGCCGUAAUGUGCUAGAGAACCGUUAUUAUGAGCUACAACAGCUAUUGAAUGUGAAGGCAGUUGAAAGUUAUGAUAAGUACUUGGGGCUCCCUACCAUCAUUGGGAAGUCGAAAAACCAAAUUUUCCAGUUUGUGAAAGAGAGGGUCUGGAAGAAGCUCAAGGGAUGGAAAGAGAAGACUAUGUCUAGGGCAGGGCGAGAGGUGCUAAUUAAAGCUGUAGCACAGGCAAUACCUUCAUAUGUUAUGUCAUGCUUUCUUUUACCGGAUGGCCUCUGCCAUGAGAUUGAGAGUAUGAUUUCACGAUUUUAUUGGGGAGGAGAUGUUACGCGUCGUGGUAUUCACUGGGUCAAGUGGGGAACUUUGUGCCAGCCUAAGCAGGACGGCGGACUCGGUUUCAGGGAUUUUAAAUCUUUUAAUCUAGCUUUGGUGGCAAAGAACUGGUGGCGAAUCUUUAAUGGCCCAGACUCUCUCCUUGGUAGAGUUUUUAAAGCGGUAUACUUCCCAGCUCAAUCAAUGAUUGGUGCCAAAAAAGGUUAUCGCCCGAGUUUUGCCUGGUCUAGUAUUUUGAAGACGGCUGAUAUGGUCCAAAAGGGGAAUGCAUGGAGAAUUGGAAAUGGCAGCAGUGUUCGAAUUUGGGAUGAUAAUUGGCUCCCUCAUGGUGCUCCAAUUAAUUAUAGACAUGAUGUGGUGGAGGAGCUCCAAAUUAAGUUUGUGUCUGAUCUACUUCAAGCGGACAGGAGAGCUUGGAACAAGGAAUUGGUGGAAUGGACCUUCUGUCCAGCUACUGCAGCUCGCAUAUUGGCUGUCCCUCUACCCAAUAAUCCAGCUGAUGAUCUUCUAUACUGGAUGGGAACGUCCGAUGGCUUCUAUACGGCGAAUUCCGGGUACAUUUUCCUCCAACAAUUAUCUUGUCAGGCUUCCACGUCUUCUUCUACGUCUGCUGGUGCUUGCUUUGGGACGGGGCUGUGGCGGAAAUUCUGGAAGGCAAAGUCUUUACCCCGGGUAAAAGAGGUUGCUUGGAGGGUGUGUGUUGGGGCGCUGCCAACUCGCAUGCACUUGCGGAACAGACAGGUUGAUGUGGAUCCAUGUUGUCCAGUUUGUGGGGAGGAGGAUGAGACGAUUGAGCAUCUCUUCCUUCGUUGUCAUGUCUCCAGGAGCUGUUGGUUUGUCAAGCUCGGGGUAAGGAUUGAUCCAGGUACACUCUUCACUGAUUUCAUGCGUGAGGUGCUCCAACAGCGGGAUAGUUGGGUUGUGGCUGAGGUGCAAAACAUGAUAUAUUGUUUGUGGGAGGCUAGAAACCGGUGGCUGUUUGAGGAGAGAAAGUUUGAUUUUGCAACGGUAAUUGCUCGCACACAAACGCUGGGGAUAGUGGCUCCGGCCACAGCUCAUGCAGGUGAGGAGCCACGACAUGGGAAGGCUACUUGGAGUAGACCAGCAGCUUCAGUUAUUAAGGUUAAUGUUGAUGCCUCAAUGGGAAGGGAUAAUCUAGCUGGUUUCGGGUUUGUGGCUCGUGAUGGUGACGGAGAAAUUCUUGCAGCAGGAUCGAAGUACCCAUCGGUGGCAUCGUCCUCAACUAUAGCAGAAGCUCUUGGCCUCCGGUGGGUGAUGGAGAUUUCUUCCCAAUUGGGGUUCCGACGAGUUCAGUUUGAGACGGACUCUUUGCAGUUGUACUACGCUUGGAAGAAAGGCACGGGGAGAUCUGUUUUAUUUUCUGUUAUUCAUGACUGUAUUAGUUUUUUGCGUUUCUUUGACUUUGUUGAUUUAUCCUUUGUCCGUAGACAAGGAAAUGCUUGCGCUGAUUUCAUGGCUCGGAACGCCUCUACCCUUUCCGAUGUGAUUUGGAUAGAGGAGGGCCCUCCGGGUUUGUUUUGCCUCUUGCAGGCGGAUCUUUUGGCUUCUAUGCCGGUUUUGAGUUGA